AUGCGCGGUGUGCCUAAAGUCACACAUAUCGUACGGGGCUUUGACGAUAAGCUGACCAAGGAAGAGCUCGCCCAAGCUGCCGAGAUGGGUUUCUAUCCCCAAACCGAUAUCUACGGCCAUACCACGGUGAUCCUUGGGCCCAAGCAACCCAAAGGUCUUCCAGAUGCAGGCCUGACCAGCAGCGAAAAUAUCAUCAAGGUUCCCAUUGCUCGCAUCUAUCUCGACAUGAUUCUUUGGAACCGACUCAAGGAUCGAGCAUUCAAAUAUCAACAGCCUCAAUUACCACCUCGAGAUAUCAAAUCACACACGCCCUCCGAGAUGUCUUCUUUGCCAGCAACACCGAGCACACGAAUUUCUCGCAGUAUCUAUGAAUCCACUGGUAUUUUCGCUGGGAUGGCAUUUGCAGUUUCCUACAAGGAGGAUGAAGCAUCCAAGAACCGUGUCACGAGGCUCAUCAUGGAGAAUGGUGGAACAGUCUUGCACGAGGGAUUCACGGAAUUGUUCGAGCCUUCAUCCAUACGCCCCGUUGAUACACCAACUAAACACGGAGGCGAUGAUGACACCACUGCUGCCGGUGUCGGUUUACGGUUGAGCGGAUUAGCUGAAAAUAUUGGAUUCGCUUGUCUGAUUGCCGAUACCCACUCUCGUCGCGAGAAAUAUAUGCAAGCAUUAGCACUCAAUUUACCUUGCUUGUCAGGACGCUGGGUUGAGGAUUGUGUCACCAAAGGGCGUGUCUUGGACUGGGAUCUCUACCUUUUGCCAGCCGGAGAAUCCCUGUUCCUCAACGGAGCCACGAAAUCCCGAGUGAUGGUACCUACAAGACCUUCCGAAACCCGCCUUGUCGACACCAUAUCGGCGCGACGGAAAUUGCUCGAUGGCAAGUCGGUGCUGAUCGUCAUGGGACGGGGCAAAGCAGAGGAGAAGCGGAAGGCUUACAUUUUCCUGACUUUCGCUCUCGGCGCUUCCCGUGUGGAGCGUGUUCCCGACCUGGAGACGGCCAAGGCGCUUUUGGACUCUCAGUCCGAAGCUUCUUUACCUUCAAGCUGGGAUAUGGUCUAUGUUGACGAUGCGGAUCAAGCGGCUGCCAAGGCUUUGUUGGUAUCUCGGCCUCGGACACAAAGGAUCCACCUUUUCCACGGCAAGAAGCGGAAGAAGUCCACCGUUUUCACCACGUCGGCUACUCCCGCGAUAUCAUCUUCUACGACUGUCAUUGGUAGUGAAUUUGUGUGUCAGAGCUUGAUCUUAGGGAAAUUAUUUGAAGAAUAG